CGGCAACGGCGGCCGCCGCCUCGGAGCACCCUCGCCCCUGCGGGCUCGGCGUGGGGAGGAUGUUUGGGGCGGGGAUGGGUUUUCACCAGUAGUUGCCCGUGCCUCCCCUGCUUCCUUCCGCCCUUUCUCGUUUCCCGGGGGCGGUGCGGCACCGUUACUCACUGGGGGCUGUCGCUCGCCUUCCUCCGGCCCUGUGGUACCCGUAUGGGGGGUAAGCAGAGCACGGCGGCCCGUUCGCGAGGCCCCUUCGCAGGGGUGUCGACAGAUGACAGUGCCGUGCCGCCGCCAGGAGGAGGGGGGGCGUCCGCCUUCGGCCAUUACCGGGCGGCCGGUGGCGGCGCCGCCAUGGGGCUACGCAGCCGCUCAGUCAACUCGGUGGCUGGUAUGGGCAUGGAGCCCACGGCGGCCGGCGCCAUCCCCUUCGGGUUGUACGCGGCUGCGGCAGGGGAAGCCGAGUGGGCUCCGGGCGGCGGCGGCGGUCUGGUCUCCAACUCUACUUACGCUCAUGGCAACGCUUACCAGGAAACGGGAGGUGGUGACCAUAGAGACGGGAUGCUGUACCUGGGCGCCAGGGCCUCGCUACCCGACGCGCUGCCCCUCCACAUCGCACUGCGGUGGUUCAGCUCGCACAGCGGUUUCAAGUGCCCCAUUUGCUCCAAACUAGUGGCUUCUGAUGAGAUGGAAAUGCACUUUAUCAUGUGUCUGAGCAAACCUCCCCUCUCCUACAAUGAUGAUGUGCUGACCAAGGACUCUGGUGAGUGUGUGAUCUGCCUGGAGGAGCUGCUGCAGGGGGAUAUGAUAGCCAGGCUGCCCUGCCUCUGCAUCUAUCACAAAACCUGUAUAGACUCAUGGUUUGAAGUGAACAGAUCUUGCCCGGAGCAUCCUUCCAAUUGACCUACUGGGCAUGCUUGCUGAUUUCUCUCUAAGGGCACCUUGUUAUACCUGCUGUACCUCCUCUCCCCAUCCCCCCUGCCCCUCCUGGAGUUUUGGGCUAACUUUAAUUCCUCGAGAAGACAGAAAUAAAACUCAGAAACUUGAACCCACUUGGGACAACAGUGAUUUUUUUAAAUUGUUUAUUAUUAUAAUUAUAUUUUAAUUUGGUUUGUUGGAUUUUAUUGUAUUUUUGCCCUUUUUCUGUUUUAUUAUUAUUAUUAUUUAAACAAUUUAAAAUAAAGAACCAUCCAGGAGAAGACAAGUGUGAGACCACUGGAGUGACCCACUCUCCCCUCCACAGUUGCUGGUCACCAGGAGAGCUUUUCCUGCCAAGGAGGCCCCAAGGACACCUUCGGCCAAAGCCCUGCCAUGAUGUUUGGCUUUUCACCCCAAAACAAAAGGGGGAACUGUUGGGAGAAAACAGCUGGCCAAACAGAACAUGUGGCACUCCUCAUCAGCAACUCCCACCUGGACCUGCCCAUGGGCUCUGCUCAGUGGUUUUGCACUGACUCAACAGAAAUUUUCUCCUCUUUCUUGUCUCCCCUUUGGAGAUCUCCACCCCAGGCCCAGCAGCUGGAGAUGGGGGACUCUGCCCCAUGCUGGGAACGGGGACACUGCUUCCCUCUGCUGAGCCACAGGGGUCUGUCUAUCAAGUGUUUACAAUGAGUAACAAAAAAAAAAAAGAAAAAAAAUGGCAAAAAAAAGAAAAA